AUGGUCCGAGGCAAAGGGAAAAAGAGGGUGUGGAACCUCUCAGCUUCAAAUAACACAUUACAAGCUUCAGAUUAUGCUUUCUUGAUUGCUGUAGAGGCAAACACUGAAGAAAGACUCGUAAUUGACAAACAAAUCGAAUGGCAGCUAUUCUGUGAAGAACACGUUUCAUUACAGCAAGAAACUGUGGUCGAAAUCGAAAUCGUUACCCGUGCUUCUCUAAUUGAUCUGUCCAGUGACACAAACUCGAAUCCGAUUGUCUCCUCCAUACAAAUAUCCAUUGAAGACCUAUACAAAAAAGUCCAACAAUUAUCUCAACCAAAACCUGCCAGAGGAAUCACGCAGAACGCUCCUGAACCUCAAAAGCAGCAUACGCAACCACCAAAGCCAACUUUUGCCUUUCACAGUGUCGAGCCACAGGUAAUCAAGCCAAGAAAACAGACAGAGUCCACCACCGCGACCACAUCUGAAAGCAAGCCAGACACCGCUCCAACUCCUGCACAAGCACCUCCAACACAAUUGUCUUUCGAAGAUAUCAUGGCCAGAAGCAGAAUGCAAGGUGAAAGUUUGAACCACUUGUUCGGAAGCAUGCAAGCCAGAAGCGCUGGUCAUCAACCCGACCGAAUGCAAGAAGAGCAAGCAGAACCGAGCAUGACGCAAGACACUCAACGUGAUGAAGAGCCAGAACAACCAGCAAGUCAAGAAGCACAAUCUGCACCGAUCGGCCAGAAUGUCGGGAAUAUGAACAGCUACCUACAAGAUGCUUGGCAAGAACGACUUUCACAAAUGGGUCACGGUCCGGAUAGUGGCAGUCCUUAUGCCAAAUUACGAUCAGGCAAGAUUAAGGAAUUGCCCUCGGAUAUGACUGGCAAUGUGCCAGGUCCUUCUGGAUAUCAAGAGACGCCUUUGACCAUGCCUGCAAUGGUGGCAUCGACAAGCGCAACUGGUGCUAGAGAGCUUCAUGGAAUCUCAGAAGAGAUGAGCACGUCCAACAAUCAUGACAACGAAGAAUUAUUUGUUUUCCCUACUACAUCUUCCGUUCAGGCUUCUCCACGACUUUCAAAUUUACAACAAGAGAGAAUGUCAAAUACAGAAGAUUACAUGAUGAGCGGUAGUACUCCUACUACACGUUCAGCUAAAUCAUCUCUGUUGAUAAACAAGAUUUUCAAGCAUAGAAGAGGCAAUUCGGAUUUAACACGUUCUUCUGCGCCUUCAUUUCAAUUUGGUCAUGGAAGAGAGACACCCGAAGGAGCACGGACGCCGCAAAGUUUCAACAGUUCAUUGUUUAGACGUAGACCGUUGAGCGUUAAAAGUCUUUCAGAUGCAUUGGUGGGUAGUACAAGAAAACGUGUGGACACGGGUGAAAGCUCAAAGGCUCGACCGUCUACUGCUACAGGAGGAAAUGCGACACCUGUUCAGUCUACAACGCCAUCUUCGUUUGAUCGUCGUCGUCGUCAUAAAGCAGUAAGAAGUCUAUCGGAUUUCAACUUGUUCUCAAUGUCUCAACGAAGAAGAAGGAAUGACUCUACUCAAAGCGUUCCGACCUUGUCGAUCGAUGCAAACCUGCCAAGAGAGGGUAACGGUUCUCAGAAUAUGAUCGCUAUGAAAAAUGAUCAUCCUCAACUGCAAAAUGAGGCAGGGAUUACUCACCAAUCGAAAACAGGAAAGGACAUCGCUAGACCUACUCUCCUACGUGCAUCCCACAGUACGCCUCUGUCAUCCACAACGAUCAAUCUUUCAUCUGCAGGUGGAAUUACACUACAUGCUCCUAGUGUGGCAGACCCUUCGUUCACAUGGACACGAAGUUCGAAUGAGCUGGAUGAUCAUGCUUUCAAGAUCUAUAAGCCUUCUCGCAAUCUGUUCGAUAUCAUGCUACCUAGAGAAAUUCAACUGAAUUGCUUCAAAGCAUUGAUCGAAUCACAUCAAGAAGAAGCAACUCAAGGCUGUAAUGACGUUCAACGUAUCGCAGCAAAACGAAGAGGAAAGGCAAAAGCUAUGCGUGAACUUGUUCGACUUUCUGCAGUUUCACGUAAUUGGCAAUCUCUCACUCUUGAUGGACAACUUUGGUCCGAAUUAGAUCUCUCGACGGCAACAAAUGUAUCGGAUGAAUGCGUGAAGCGAAUCAUUGGCUUUGCUGGACCAUUUAUCAAAAGUAUUAAUAUGCGUAAUAUGCAGCAUACUUCUUCACAAUUAUUGAUCGACAUGUCUACCCCUUCGACUUCGGUCGCAGAACAAAGAAGUCAAGUCAAUCCUCGCAAUAUCCCAGGUGCUCGACAAAGAGCAAAAACAGCAUCUCGAUUGCCGAUGAUGACCAUUUCGAACACAAAUUUAUCCUUGCCUUCUCUAACAUCUUUGAACUUACAAGGCUGCAGAUCGAUUUCAAAGGAUGCCUUACAUCACACACUUGUUCGUUUGCCUCAGUUGCGAUCAUUGAACAUCUCGAACCUAACAGAGGUAGCCAACGAUACCUUGCUGAUUCUCGGAGCAUCUCUUCCCAGAUUACUCUCGCUCAAUAUUAGCCGCUGUUCAAACGUGACAGGAGAUGGGUUAAUGAACUUUAUCGAUGCUGCUCAAGGCAGUCUCUACGAUCAAUCAUUGUUCAAGAAGGGCUCAAAGGUUAUCUAUACAUCAAUUGCCGAUGUUGCAUUGGAUAUGCGAGAAUUACGAGUGGCAGGACUGAAGGACGUUGAAUCAUCUUUGAUGAAUAAUCUGGGAAGAGCGAUGAGAAGUUUACGUAUUCUCGAUCUCAGUUAUGCAAGUGAUUUGAACGAUGAUGCAAUUGCAGCAUUCGUUCGUCAUCCCGGUCCACCGUUAACAAGCAGUAAAAAAGAACUGGGCAACGCAUUGGGAAACGAAGUAUCGGAUGAUGAUCUGUACGGUCCAUUUGUUGCUCUGUCCGCUCGUCAAGCAGGAGAAAGCAUUUCUUACGAUGAUCAACAUUAUCGAAGAGUCCAUCAACAUUUAACACAUUUGAUUUUAUCCUCUUGUCGAUCUUUGACAGAUCGUACAUGCACGCAUUUGGCUCAUUCUGUUCCUCAAUUACGUUGUUUGGAAUUGGCAAAUGUUGGGAAUAGCUUACGUGACACGGGAUUGGAAAAGCUGUUGCAGACUACACCCAAGAUUGAAAGGAUAGACGUCGAAGGAGCAGCCGAAUUAGGCGAUAAGUUCAUCCAAGCUUUGACCCCUUCAGAAGUGUAUUUGGAAAGCAUUGGUAUCUUUUCAUCAUCGGGUGAAAAUGCAAAUUCUCUCAUCACAUCUACGAGAAACACAAGUGAAAGACGUAGCAGAACAUUAAGUCGUCUUGGUCGCAGAGCUCUACGAAGAGUAAGACAAGACGAAACAGAAGAUGCAAUGGCAAAUGUUGAAAUCGAAGAGAGGCCUUUGCCCAAUCCAACGGUUUCAGAUGAUCAAUCGCAAAUCCCAAUAGAGCCACCGACAGGAGCAAAUCUAACCCAUUUAAUCAUUUCUCAUUUGAGCAAGAUCGAUCCAAACGUUUUGGUGACACUUGUUCGAAGAUGUCCAAAAUUGAUUCAUCUAGAGGUGGACGAUACACGAGCAAAUGAUGCUUUAUUGAACGAAUUCGUUGGUUUGGUCAAGAAAAGAAAGACACACGGUGCUUAUAUCAGCUUGGUGGAUUGUAGAGCUUUAAGCAAGAGUGCAAAUGCAGAAGUGUUUGCAUCUGGUCAAGCUCGUCCACGGAAAGGUAAAGUUGGAAGUGAAUUCUCCCAAUUUCAUUAUGAGAACAGAGCGGGUUCAAAAGGAACAGGCUCACAUGGGAAAGCUUCUAGUACACUGCAAACAGUUGCAAGAUCAGCGCUUAACUCUGAGAAUGCUGAGUCAUCGGGCACAACAGAAGAGACAAACACGAAUGCCCAAUCGAGCAACAAGAAUUCCUCCUCUUCAGAUGAAUGUGAUGAUUCUUUGGUGGUAGUAAAGACAUUUUGGGCAUGGCAAGCAGUUGACGUGCGUAAUCGGAUCCGUAAACGAGCAGAAGCAAGACGAGCUGCAAUGAUGGCAAAAUUAAACGGUAAACAAGGUGGAAGCGGAGCGAUGGGUAAAUUUGAUGGUUCUUUACGUUCUGCAACGGGAAAAGUUCGUGAUCCUUUAGCAGCCGCAUUACACUUUAUCUCUUCAGGCGGUUUAACUGAAGAUGAUGAAUUGGAAGAAGGAGGUUCAGGUCGUUGGUCAAGGAUGACAACUGGCAUCUUGGGACCGAACGAUGAAGGAGAAGACCCGAGAGGAUGCUCGGUCAUGUAAUCUAUCUUAGAUUUGUUCCAAUUUUGUAUGUGUUUCCCUACUGUAUAUUCUUAUCUUUCUUUAUUGUAUCUUGCAUUUUAUUUCGAGGGCGCAUGUCUUAAUAGAGUGAAACAGGAUCACAUUUUGGUUACUGAUAUUGUACACGAUUGCUAUGACUCGG